AUGUCUCACGAGCUUUGCGAUCUUUCAAUCAGUGAGGUUCAAACGUACAAUCAAUUAUUUUCUGGGCUUCACAAGGAAUUGUCUGAUGGCCUUCAAGGAUUUGAUCGGAAGCUGUUGAAAAAGAAAAGAGAUCUCACAAAUGCGUCGACCUUUGAAGAUUUAAAGGAGAAACAUAAAAAGUGCACAGAACUGACGAAGGAUCUCGAGAAGUGCUCCGAAGAAUACAUGCCCCACUUACGCAAAUACGAAAAAAGAGUCAAAGAAUUGAUGAAAACUCUCGAUGAUGAUCCGAAU